UUUUUUUUAUCUCCCAUACUAAGAAAAUUAUCAAUUCAUUAUCAAUUUACAGUUUAGUAGUGCGCAACCAACAAAUUUUUUCUCCUGGUUGGUUAAAGUGUAAUCCAACCCUGUUUUCAGAAUUUUUUGUUGUUUACGUUUUUUAUCAACUCAAUUUUUGCACGUUAGCUCUAGAAUCAGUGUUAUACCUCGUAUUGGUGUACUUAUGUCUAAUAGUGAUAGUAUGAGGAAGUCCUUUCAGGCUCAGGUUGAUAAACAACGUGCAGCUGAAGCAUUGAGAAUUGCCACUCACGGUAACCAACAUUUACACCAUCAACAACAUCUUCAUAAUCAAGGUUCUGAUGAUCACCACCAUCAACAAUUGUUAAUGCAACAACAACAACAGCAGCAACAACAACAACAGCAACAUAAUCAGCAACAACAUAAUCAACAACAAUCUCAACAAGAUCCGUAUUUGUUAUCAAAGACCGACCUUGAUUUAACUGAAUUUGAUUUAAAGUCUAGAGAUUCUAAAUAUAGAAGAUGGACUCCUAAGAUGGAUCAAUUUUUAGUUAAAUUACUUUCUGAUGUUGUUCAUAGUUAUCCAAAGGGUGCUGAUUCCGAAAUGACAAAGAAAGCUUGGGCUUAUGUAUGUGGACAAUUAAGAUAUGCUAAUCCUGAGACUGUUUAUUCGACCUAUACCAAAUAUUCAGUUCAACAACAUUUAGUCAAUGUCAAUCAUCAUAGAUAUAAAAUUUGGUUUGUAUUAAUGCUUCAUCAAAAAAAUAAUCCUAAUGCAUCCGGUUAUUCAUAUAGAUGGAAUCCUGAUUUAGGUAGAUUUCAAAUUCUUGAUAAUAAUACAGGUUCAUUAAUACUUGAAGAUCGUCAAGUAAAAUCUUUAUUAUACAGCGAAUCUUUAUCCUUACCUUCAUUAGCUGCUUUCAAUAAGGGUAAUUUAAUAAUCAAUGACUUUUUUUUGAGUGAUAAUUUAAAGUAUAUGUCAGUCUAUCAUAAUGAAGUAUUACCUUUAUUGAUAAGGUUAGAUGGUCGCUACGCAGAAGGAUUAGGUGAUAUAUAUAGUGAGAUUCCAAGAUUUGAUUAUCAAGAAGCUAGUCUUGAAUAUUUCAAACCUUUGAUGCCAAGUGGUCGUAAAUAUAAAUAUCAAAUCGAUCCUCAAUCAUCAUCCAAACCCAAAAAGAGAACCCAUUCCGAUUCAAGUGCUAAUCCAUCAGAUAUUUCAUUACCAUUUUCCAAGGGCUUAGCAUCUAUGGGAAGUGAUGUUACUGAUAGUGAAGUGGGUGUUCCUUCCGGUCCAGGUCCUGAAGAUGUAUCAGUAGAUCCUGCUCUUAAAAGAAACAGAACCUUACAAGAUACUACUGCUUCUGGCAUUGACUUUGAAAAUGCUUUGGCCAGUGCUGCUAUGGCUGCAAUAAACACUCCACCAGUAACAAAUGGUCGUGAUCAAACUCCAUUUUAUAUUAAGGAUCGUAAAUGGUUUAAUAAAUUGGUUAGUUUACAUGAUUCAGGACAUCUUGGAUCUGAUGAAGUAUUAUCAGUUUGUGAAGGUGUAAGGGAUGGUAAAAUCCCAUUAUUUAUGUUGAAUGUGUUAGAUCAGAAUUAUUAUCCUACCAGAUCAAGUAUAACAGAAGAUUUAUCGGAUGAAGAAAUUGCCAAAAGAAUAAGAAUAUUUGUACUUCCGAUGGUGUUUAAUACUUGAAAUAGAGGAAAAGUUAGAUAGAAAGAAAGUGACUGGGGAUAUUUUAUUCAGAUUCUGUGUUAUUUUUGCUGAUUUUUUUGUUUUGUAAUUGAUUAUUGUAGUUUUAGUUUGUGCCAUUUAGUUCUUAUUUUCUAUUAUUAUUGUAUUUUUUAUCUUUUAAAUUAUUUUAUUGUUCCCACAUAUAUUGUAAAUCAU